GGAAUAAUUCUUAAAUGAUUAAUUAUUAAAAAAUGUCUAAAUGAUUAAAUGGUAUAUUAAUUAUUAAUGAUGGAGUGAAUCUAGACGUUUUUUUUUAAAUUCAAUGCAAUUGUCUCAUUCGCGUAUAUAGUUAAAAGAUCCUCUGGCAUUAGUUCAAGAAAUGUUGUGAUCUCACUAAGGAGUAAUAAUUUUGGAGGUCAAUUAAUCAAGUGCAAUUUUUUUCUUUUUUUAGAAUAAUGUAAAUGUUAAUGGAAAUAAUCGUAGAAUAUAAGAUGUCUGUGAUUUGACCAGCUUUGAUUACCAUACAGAAACAGGAUCUUUUCUCUUCUUAAAUAAAUGAUAGAACGUUAAAUUAAAAAAAGAAUUAUUAUAAGACAACAAGCGAGAAAUUUAGAGAAAUAUCUUUUCACCAUUUGUACAAGCCGAAAGUGGUCCUUUUCUCAUUAAUUCACAUUUAAGGCACAGACCACACUUUAACGCACAAGAAACAAAAAAUAUUGUGUGCAACAUGUACGCCUCGCCUUCGGCUCGUAUGUCCACUUCCAUUUUGAUAUAAUAAAGAUAUUUUGUUCUUAUUAAACUUGAGUAUUAAACUUAAUCCUUUCUUAAAUCAUUACAUACAUUUAAUUAUCGGAAAGCCUAAUGUUAAUUUAAUCCUUUCUUUUCUUCUUAGCUUAAAUUGUUGCUAUCGCUACGUGCGAUAUCACAUGUUUUGCUUUGCCUGUUCGUGCAGAAGUCAUAAUAAUGUUCUUUCUUCUUUGAAAUCACAAAGUCAUGAAGGAGGGAGAAAUGAUAUAAAGUUAAAGUGUGUGUUUUUUAAAUUUAUUAUUGCUUCUUCCUUCUGAAUUUCUUAAGAAAGAAAAUAAGAUGAAGAAUUACGUCUGUGCGAUUUCAUUGCUGAUUUCCGGGCUGGCAUACUUUGCUACGCAAGUAGCAACGCAAGAUAUUGAGUUGCCACCAGGAAUGUGGUCUUCAAGGCGUGGCUGCGAAUGGCAAGGUUCAUAUAUUAAUGAAGGCACAUACAAGAUAGAGGAGUGUAGUCAGUUAACUUGUGACAGUAGCGGUAAAGCAACUAUGCAAAUAUGUCCUGUAGCGGACUGUCCAGAUGGUCAUUACUUACAUUCUUAUAGUUGGCCUGUUUAUGAGAAGCCAUUUCCAGAUUGCUGUCCAAAAUUUGUUUGCAGAAAAAAACCUCCUGGCUUAGUUGGAAAAUAAUCUGUUUGUUGUAACACCAUCAUUAUCACUUAUUGUUUGUUUUUCUUGUCGUCCAAGAUGUAUUAAUUAAACUGUACUGUUAGAUUAUUUUUAAAUUUAUCUACGAAAUUUUGUCUUAUAACUAAUGUUUUACAUGAUUAAAAUAAUAAGAUCUUUUUAAGAACUUGGAAUCUGCUUUGUAGACUAGUUAGCAUUUUUUUAUAAAAUUUAAUGUACAAUUUAAUGUACAAUUAAUGUUUUGAAAAGAACUCGAAAUUGUGAGUUAAAUUAUUUGCGAUUACAUUUGUAUUUUGCGUUAUAGCAUUAAAUAAGCGCCUUUUUCAACUGAAUAAAGUUAUUGAAUUUGAGAUAAGUAAAAACACAUAGUAAAUAAAGACAAAUUUUAUUCGAU